AUGAAAUCUUUUGCCAUUGUUGCUGUACUCCUUUGUUUGGCCGCUGCUGUCGUCCGUUCUGAUGAUAUGAAAGUUGGAUCUGCCUAUGGUGGUGCAGCUCCAGCUGCUCCAGCUCCUAGUGGUGGUUAUGGUGGCGGUGCUUCCAUCCCAGCACCACCCUGCCCCAAGAACUAUUUGUUCAGCUGUCAACCUAGUCUACAGCCAGCUCCCUGCUCUCAACCUGCUGCCGGUGGUUAUGGUGGUGCUGGUGCCUAUUCGGAAAAUUAUCCAGUCUACGCUUUGCAAGUACCUCAAUACGUCAAUGGUUUCCAGACAUAUUAG